CGGGAGGGACGGGGUCCGGAGCUCGGCCUUGAGAUCAGUGCGUGGAUGGCGGCGGGGACCGGGUUGCGGAAAUGAAACCGGCAGCUGGAUUGAAAGUGAACCACAAUGGCUGGUGUCAUCUCAGACAGUCCUCCAAACCCAAGCUGCAAAAUCAUGACUUUCAGGCCUUCGAUGGAUGAAUUCAAGGACUUCAACAAAUACUUAGCCUACAUGGAAUCACAAGGUGCUCAUAGGGCUGGAGUUGCAAAGGUUAUCCCACCAAAGGAGUGGAAGCCAAGAAAACAUUAUGAUGAUAUUGAAGAUUUGUUGAUCCCGGCUCCAAUUCAACAGAUGGUCACAGGCCAGUCGGGGCUCUUCACACAGUACAACAUUCAGAAAAAACCAAUGACAGUGAAAGAGUUCAGGCAGCUGGCAAACAGUGACAAAUACUGCACCCCAAGAUAUGUAGAUUAUGAAGAUCUGGAGCGUAAAUACUGGAAGAACUUGACUUUUGUGGCACCAAUUUAUGGAGCAGAUAUCAAUGGGAGCAUUUAUGAUGAAGGUAUUGAGGAAUGGAAUAUUGCCCAUCUUAAUACAAUAUUGGAUGUUGUAGGAGAAGACUGUGGAAUAUCUAUUGAGGGUGUAAAUACACCGUAUCUAUAUUUUGGCAUGUGGAAAACAACAUUUGCAUGGCACACUGAAGAUAUGGAUCUCUACAGUAUUAAUUACCUCCAUUUUGGAGAGCCAAAGUCAUGGUAUGCUGUUCCUCCAGAGCAUGGGAAAAGGCUUGAAAGACUAGCUCAAGGAUUCUUCCCAAGCAGUUCUCAAGGAUGUGAUGCUUUUCUUCGGCACAAGAUGACUCUUAUUUCUCCAUCUAUAUUGAAAAAAUAUGGAAUUCCUUUUGACAAGGUUACACAAGAAGCAGGAGAAUUUAUGAUUACGUUCCCAUAUGGAUACCAUGCAGGAUUUAACCAUGGGUUUAACUGUGCUGAGUCAACAAACUUUGCCUCCAUCCGAUGGAUUGAUUAUGGAAAAGCAGCAAAAUUAUGUACCUGUAGGAGAGACAUGGUGACAAUAUCAAUGGACAUCUUUGUGAGGAAGUUUCAACCAGACAGAUACCAGCUGUGGAAACAAGGCAAGGAUAUAUACACCAUUGAUCAUACAAAACCGACUCCGGAAUCGACACCUGAAGUAAAGACCUGGCUGCAGAGAAGGAAGAAAAUAAAGCACUUUCCCAAAUGCAGCUUCCAGCACACUAGAUCUCGAUCUAAAAAGCUUAAAACUCCAGAGGACAGCAGAGUAUCUGCUAUGGUAACUGAUGCAGAAAUCAUAAUGACUGAAGCAGCUACUGAUGGCUUCAAGGUCAAUGAAGAACCUGAAAAAAAAAUGAGACUGGUAAACACAGGAGUGCCUUCUGGGGAAGGAAACAGUAGUAGAAUGCAGCUGGAUCAACAUUUAUUGGAUAAUGUCGAGAUUGCAGAGAAAACAAAAUUGGAAAAUGAGGACAGGACAGAUUCCAGCCAUCCUCUCAUUACUUGUGAAGAUUCUCUGGCCUACAUGCCUGCGUCUGAUAGCUGUAGAAAGGAAGACAAUUUGAAAUCUCUGAAUCAGUGCGUUUCAUCUCUACCAUACCACAAGUCAGAGGAGCAUGCUUCUAAAGCAGAAAACCCAGAUAAAGAGGAAAAUGUCUCAACAGAGGAUGAUGUCAGUGGUGAUCUAGAAAUCUGUGGAAGUAGCCUGGAACAUGGAGAAGUGGCCAUUGUAAAAAAUUGUGAAGAUGGCAUGGAAACAUCCAGUUCAAUGGAGGUUGAAAGAAAGAAAGUAUCUAAGAGUUGGCGUCAUCCACUAAAUAAACCCCCGGCUAGAUCUCCAAUGACUUUGGUUAAGCAGCAAGCAGCUAGUGAUGAAGAGCUGCCUGACACUACUCUGAUUGAAGAGGAAGUUCAAGAGACGGAGACAUGGGCCAGGCCUCUGGUCUACCUUUGGCAGACUAGAGUACCCAGUUUCAAUGCUGAAAAAGAAUAUAAUGCAGCUUGCGCAAAAAAGGAACCACACUGUGCCGUUUGCACUCUUCUCAUGCCAUACUACAAGCCAGACAAUCAUGAUGAAGAAAGUCCUACUUUUGGGGAAGCAAACUCAGCAGAAACAUUGAUGGAUGAAAAUGAAAAGACUAAACCUCUUAUUCCAGAGAUGUGUUUUAUUUAUAGUGAAGAAAACACUGAAAACUAUCCAUCAAAUGCCUUUAUCGAAGAAGAUGGGACAAGUCUUCUAAUUUCCUGUACAAAGUGUUGUGUACGGGUUCAUGCAAGUUGCUACGGUGUUCCUUCUCAUGAAAUCCAUAGUGAAUGGUUGUGUUCUCGAUGCAGAAAAGAAGCCUGGACUGCUGAAUGUUGUCUCUGCAAUUUGAGAGGUGGUGCAUUAAAGCAAACUACCGACAAGAAGUGGGCACAUGUAGUAUGUGCAAUUGCCAUCCCAGAAGUCAGAUUUGGUAAUGUCACAGAACGUACACCGAUAGACACUAGCAGAAUACCUUUGCAAAGAUUAAAAUUGAAAUGUAUCUUCUGCAGACAGAGAGUUAAGAAAAUCUCUGGUGCCUGCAUUCAGUGUUCAUAUGGACGCUGCCCAGCCUCCUUCCAUGUAACCUGUGCCCAUGCUGCAGGAGUACUGAUGGAACCUGAUGACUGGCCAUAUGUUGUCUAUGUCACAUGUUUCAGGCACAAGAUCAACCAAAAUGUGAGACCUAAAACAUGUGAGAAGGCUAUUACAGUUGGGCAGACAGUCAUCACAAAACACAGGAAUACACGAUACUAUAGUUGCAGAGUCAUAGGAGUGACAAGUCAACUUUUCUAUGAAGUCAUGUUUGAUGAUGGCUCUUUCAGUCUGGAUACUUUUCCUGAAGACAUUGUAAGCAGAGAUUGCCUAAGGCUGGGCCCACCUGCAGAGGGAGAGGUUGUCCAAGUGAAGUGGCCUGAUGGAAAACUGUAUGGUGCAAAGUAUCUGGGAACAAACACAGCUCACAUGUAUCAGGUUGAGUUUGAAGAUGGUUCUCAAAUAGUAAUGAAGAGAGAAGAGAUCUACACUCUUGAUGAAGAGCUUCCUAAGAGAGUAAAAGCACGUUUUUCUACAGCCUCUGACAUGAGAUUUGAAGACACAUUUUAUGGGGCAGAUGUUAUCUUGGGUGAGAAGAAGAGGCAGAGAGUAUUGAGUUCUCGGUUUAAGAAUGAAUAUGUGGAUGAUCCAGGCUACCGCACUUUCUUGAAAAGUUCAUUCCAGAAGAAAUGCCAGAAGGGACUAUAAAGGAAACAAGAGAGAGACAGAGUGUUGAUCAAAAAGCAUGCAGCAUUAUUUGAUUGGUUUCAGUUAAUUGAACACUCAGUUUUACAAUAAACAAAUCCAUGCACCAGCCUCUUAAGCUGAAAUAUUUCCAUUCUGAUUUCUUCAGUUAAUGUAUUAAAGAUUUUGUAAUGUUUUGCAUCAUAAAACUAAAGGGGGAAAUAAGUGAGAGAGAGAUUACACAGUGAUACACUGAAGAAAACUUUCUGUCCUGCUCACAUUGAAGUAAGUGGCAAAAUUACUUUUGAAUUAUGAGAGACAAUUCACUUUCAGAAGAUAAGACCUUUUAGUAAACAGAGAUAAUUUCAGUGGCUCGUUUUUUCUGCAGACAGAAAAGGAUUUUAAGUUCAAUAAUAACAGUUUUUAUAAAACAUGUUUUAAACGUACAAAUAUGUACAGUAUUAAACAAAAGCUGUACUUACUUUGUACAGUGCUUUUGAAUUCUUUUGUCACUACUACUUUCAGUAGGGUUUGAUGUGGACUCAACUGUUGACUUAGAUAUUUUUGGUUUUUAAGAAAGAUAUCCUCAGUGCAGCAGGGGUGUUUUGUAUAUUUAAAGAGGCAGAUUUUGGUAGUUAUUUUUAAACAUGUUUUUCAUAAGAUCUAUUAAAAUAGCUAUUUGUAAAAUACAAUUUUCAUUCAUUAUAUGUAUGAGAACUUAGAAUUCAAAUAUAUAUGCAUAACAACCUAGUUUUGAAUGAAUAUAUUAUGGUCUUUUCAAAUAACAUUCUAUCAGUGUAAUGAUGUUUUAAAAUAAAUAAAUAAAUACUGUACUUCUACUUACA